UUUUGUCAAUUUCACAAUUCCGGGUUUAAUAUUAUUCAAUUAUUAGUGUAGUAAGUUUAGAGUUCGAAUAACUAUUGGUUCUUAUUUCUAAGAUUAUAUAAAAUUUCAUAACCAUCGAUUAUGUUGCUAGAUAUUUGAAAAUCCCUAUAAUUAUUUAUGUGAUAAUUAAAUUAAAUUUGGCUACGAAAUUAGGAAAAAUUAGAAAAUAACACCAGAAAAAUGACACAAUUUUGAUUAUAACACGAUAAAAAAAAAUAAAAAAAAAAACCUUUUAUUAUAACACAAAAAAAAAAACCAAAAAUUUGAUUUUACCACCACAUAACAGAUUUUUGUUUGGAAUCCGUUAGUGGGGCCACAACAAACACGUUUCAAUAACUUAUUGGUUUAAAAAAAAAUUAAUAAAUAAAAACUAAAAAACCCUUAACCCUAACCCGGCCGGCUCCACCAUCGGCACCACCCGCUUUAGCCAUCGACAACCUUACCUAAGCCGCCGGCACCCCACCAAAACCGUUGAAAUCAGCCCAUACUCCCUUCCCCCUCCCCGAAAACCACCCCAGCUCCGCCUAGCCUCACAGAUCCACGAAUUCGCACCCCUUCGAACCGCUGCAACCACCAAUCCACGAAUUCGCACCCCUUCGAACAGCCGCAACCACCAACCAUGAAUUCGCACCGAGCAAUACCCGUAACCACCUCCGCCACAGCAUACAACCAAUUCAGACCCUUCAAUUCGAACCACCGCAAAUGUCGAUUCGCACUGAUCUGGUGGAUUGUCAUUUGGCAUUUGUGGUUGUUUUGGGGUUCGAAUUGGCUGUGAUUUGCGGUGGUUAGCAACCCACAAAUCAUCAAUUGCAGCCUCGAUUAAGGGGGGAAGGGGUGGUUUUCGGGGAGGGGGAAGGUGGGUAGGGGUAGUUGGCUGGUUUCGCCGGUUUUGGUGGGGGAAGGGGUGUCGGCGACUGGGGCAAGUGGCAGCUGUGUUGGGUUAAGGUUUUAUUUUUAUUUUUUAAAUUGAAAUUUUUCUUAACCAAUACAUGUAUGACACGUGUACAAUGUGGGGCUCACUAAUGGUUUUUUGUAUGGAAAAGUUAAGUGGUGGUGAAACCAAUUUUUUGUUUUUUUUUUUGUGGUGUUAGAAUAAAAGUUUUUUUUUUUUUUUUUUUUAGUGGUGUUACAAUCAAAAUCGUGACAAUUUUUUGGUGUUAUUUUCUAAUUUUACCAACGAAAUUACGAAUGAAUGUGUUGCAGGACCCUUUACCAUUAGAAUUGAAGUAUGAAAUUAGACCUCUUUUCUUUGAAUUUCACUAUGAAUCUCUUUACCCUUUCCAAUCAUGGUCUGGUGCUAUAAAGUAUUAUAAUCCUUUUCAUUGCUGAUUAGUAGUGUUAAUUUAGUAGUGCAAUGUUAUGUUUUCAAUUACAUCAAUAACAUGUGAAAAAUCACUGACUUUUACUUUUUUUGCUAAGAAAUAAACUUGUUUUGCUCGGAAAGAGAGAAAGGAUGCAAAGUGUAGUGAAACACUUGGUCGACAACAAUGGUAAAUUGGAUGGUACCAGCAAUGACAAUGUUUCGUUAUCGGUGAUGAUAGUGACUGCACGGACGAUCAUGCUUGAUGUUUUAAUGACAGACACUUUAAGCAAGAUCAAAAUUCAGAUCUGUGAUAUGAUAGAAAAUGAACUCGGGCGGACGCGUCCUGAUCCCGAGUUGAUGCGACUGAUGCUCCUGCCUUGGGGACCCAUGUUGGACAAUGAUGAGGGUGAUUAUGACGACGACAAUAGAACAUUAUUGGAUUCUUUGCCUUCAUCAGCCGUCACCUCAGUUAUUCUUCUGCUAAGUGUCCCACAUUGGGUAAGGUUUGAAGAUGUUUACAAGGACGAAGAUUUUGAUGAGGACGAAGACUAUUACAAAAAAGAGUUUCAUUCAUACAAACCCAAGGAGCUGUCAUUUGAUGAAGAAAGCUUGCGUGUUACUGGUACACUUUAUUCUCACCGCCAAGACAAAAAACGGCGCAUUCGUUCUGUUGGAGGACUCCGCUGGCUUCUUAAGGACAUCACCAACCUGACUACUCCUGCUAAAGUUGUGAUGUUUGCUUUAAAUAUGGACAAUUUUAUUGAGCUCGACCAAUAUCAUAUUAGUCGUACUUGUGAGACAGAUGCCCAUGAUGUCCUAAUGAUUCUCGUCAAGUGGGACAAGUUUAGCUAUUUGUUCCUUAGAAAGCUUAGGAAAUGCCUACCAGAUGUGCCUAUUGUUGCAGCAACUGAUAUGGAUAUCCGUGAUCUUGAGCUCUUGACCUUUCUGGAUACACCACCUAAGGAGGUACCACGGUUGUAUGGUAGUUGGGAUUUGUGCAAAGAUUGCGAGUCAGUAGGUGUCAGCGACAUUGACUAUGUUAAUAUCAAGUGGAUGGGGUUAAGGCCUUCUGACUUUCUGGAUAGAUCUCCUUUUUCCAAGUACCUCUUAAGCCGAUUUUCAUUCUCUUUCCCUCCGGCACCUACUGAAUCUGCAGAGUUUAUAGAAAUCAGCAAAUUCCUUCUUCAACAUCCUUCUCUCUGCCGGAAGGUUGAGUGGGUGAAUGAAUUGAAGGCUCUAAUACAACUUCUGUACCAUCCAAGUUUUCCAUGCACUGCAUCUGAGGGUUAUCUUCCAGCGAAAAUACUCCUUCAAGAUUGGGUUUGAUUUUAAAAUUACUUUUAUGCUUUCUAUUCCUGUAGUUGGAUGUUUGGAUUUCAUAGAUGCAUACCUUGUGUCUUUACAAGGUUCUACAAUGGUUGUGGUUUGUCAUUGAUGUUAAGCCUUAUGUGAUGGUGUUUAGUGUUUUGUAUUA